CUUCUAGAUCCAGCAUACAUUUGUCUGGGAUUCUAUGAAAGUUGACAAUUAUUUCCCAAGGCUGUCUCCGCCUAAAACAGACACCAUGUGCCAUAGGUCAAGGACACAAGAUAGAAAACUUAAAUCAGUCGCUGAUGUCCAGGCUGGUGAACCAUCUCAGAUGGAUGCUAGCAGAAGCUUCUCAAAUGACCAUGGAUCUCUAUUACAAGAACUUAAAACAUUCUUUCUGACAAAAAUGGAUUCAUUGCAGGCUGGGGUGGAUACAAUCACAAGUGAGAUGAGAGCAUUCUCCACACGCCUCACUGCUACUGAACAUCAAAUUUCAGAGGUCGAAGACAGGCAACAAGAAUCAAAUAGUUCUCUCAAAAACCUCCUGAAACAAAAUCAAUACUUGCAGGACAAGUUUGAAGACCUUGAGAAUCGCAGCAGAAGAAACAACUUGAGGAUAGUGGGAGUGCCAGAAUCGAUCAAGGAAAAAGACUUACUGCAAUUUGUGACAUCCACACUGCCCAAAUUGCUAGAAAUGUCGUCAGAUUACCAACCCCUAGACAUUGAAAGAGCCCAUCGAAUAGGCCCAGACAGAUUCCUAGAGAACUCUAAGGAAAGACCCCGUCAAGUCAUCUUUAAGUGUUUGAACUAUCAAGGCAAAUUAGCCAUACUGAGAGCCUACAGAAAUAUUAAGGAACACACACAUGAAGAUCGAUGCCUUCUGUUGAUCCAAGAUUUUUCAAUGGAUGUAACAAAAAGACGCAAGGAAUUCUCUCCUCUCUGCUCACAACUUCAUGAGCAGGGAUGUAAGGUUGCCCUGUUAUAUCUAGCUAAGCUGAAACUGCUCACGGCUUCAGGGCCCAAGAUAUUUAACUCACCAGCUGCAGUCCAAGCUUACUUAACCUCUGAAAGGAGGCAGGACAAUGGUUAAGUAUAUGUAGCAGCACUGUUUUACCUUAUUAAUACCACAAAAUGUAUAGUAACCUUCAUAUACAGGAGUUCUUAUUGUUUUUAUUGCUAUAUAAAGUUUCAGUGAUAGGUUUAUUAUGUACCAUACUUGCAAGUUACACCAGGGAGAUGACUGAGUUUGCAUAUAAUCUUUAUUCACAUGAGCUACCCCGAAAGGUGGGUGAGCCUAAUUGGGCCUCGCUCGCCAUCUCCUAUGGUGGCAAUGCAGCAUGUACCUUGGAGCCUCUAAAGAGUGGGCGGUACUUACCAUGUUUUUUCUCUGCUGAUUGGUUAUUGGAGAGAGCUACACAGUUUAAUGUUCAGUUUUGCUUGCCGUUAUAUCAUACAGUGUGCCUUAUAUUUCUGGCUCAUCAGUCCCCAUGCAUAACCCAGAUAUAUCAUCCUCUUAGAGAUUCAGUGUGUUUCCUUACAUUUAGUCUCAUAUACCUUGCCCAGACCUCAUUAAAAGAAUAUCCCUGGCAGAGGUUAAGCCUAAAGAUUAAACCUGUGAUAUACAUUGCUUACUUUGAUACGACAUACCACACAUGGUUGUAUUUUUUUUACAGCUGUUAUUCUCUUUCAUUUGUACCAAGGAAAAUCCUGGCUACAUGAUGUUUUGACCUCCGCAGACUGCGACCCUCCGAGACUUCACUCAGCUCCACAUAUCAGACACGGCGAGAGCACUGAGAGAUAUCAGGUAUUGAUGUAACUGGAGUUAAUAAGGGAACCUUCUUCCUGAGCACAGACAUUGGAGCCUGUUAUCAGCAUGAACUCAUAUGUGUUAGACAAUCACUUGAAUAGUUCAUACCCAUCCUUCACUACAGGAAGCAUCAGAAUGAUACCACAAACUCCAAAAGUCUUAGACACUAAUGACUAUUCACAAACAUUGGGGAUAUCAAAACAGAUAUUUAAAGGAGAUGGAGAAUUGGCAGGAACCGGGCAGCAAUCAUUAUGUACAGAGAGUAAUUUAGUCAUCAAACAAGAGGACAACAUUUAUGCCUUAUCUAGUGAAAUGAUUAUCCCAGAGGAUAAACCACACACAUUUACUGAGUUUUCAAAACAUUUAAAAGAAGGGGAAAGUCUUAAGUCUAGCCAAAUGAUUCAUACAAAUAAGAAACCUUUCAAAUGUACAGAAUGUGAGAAAAGAUUCACAUGCAAUUUGCAUCUCCUUGAACACCACACAGUUCACACAGUUGUGAAACCUCACAUGUGUACAGAAUGUGGGAGAUGUUUCACAUCUAAAGGAAGCCUUAAGUGUCACAAAAAGACCCACACAGGGGAGAAACGUUUCACAUCCAAGGGAAAUCUCAUAUCUCAUGAAAAGACCCACACGGGGGAGAAACCUUUCACGUGUACAGAGUGUGGAAAAAGUUUUGCACAAAUAAAUAGUCUGAAAACUCAUGAAAGAAUUCACACAGAAAAAAAGCCUUUCACUUGUACAGAGUGUGGAAAAUGUUUUACAUAUAUGAGUAUUCUGAAAAAUCAUGAAAGGAGUCACACAGGAAAAAAGCCUUUCACAUGUACAGAGUGUGGAAAAAGUUUUGCACUUAAGGGUAAUCUGAAAACUCAUGAAAUUAUUCACACAGGUGAAAAGCCUUUCACAUGUACAGAGUGUGAAAAAAGUUUUACACAUAAGAGUUAUCUGAAAACUCAUGAAAGGAUUCACACAGGGGAAAAGCCUUUCACAUGUACAGAGUGUGGAAAAUGUUUUACACAAAUAAAUGAUCUAAAAACUCAUGAAAGGAUUCACACGGGAGAAAAGCCUUUCACAUGUACAGAGUGUGAAAAAAGUUUUACACAAAUAAGUAAUCUGAAAACUCAUGAAAAGAUUCACACAGGGGAAAAGCCUUUCACAUGUACAGAGUGUGGGAAAUGUUUUACACAACAGAGUGAUCUGAAAAGGCAUGAAAGGAUUCACACAGGGGAAAAACCAUUCACAUGUACAGAGUGUGGGAAAUGUUGUACACAAAAGAGUGAUCUGAAAAGUCAUGAAAGGAUUCACACAGGGGAAAAGCCUUUCACAUGUACAGAGUGUGGGAAAUGUUUUACACAAAAGCGUAAUCUGAGAGAACAUGAAAGGAGUCACAAGGGAAGAAACCUUUCAAAUGUUUAGAAAGUGGGAAAAAAAGGGUUUUAUAUAUUUUAUAUACACAUUGUACAAACCAUUUUACAAUUAUCUUAAAGAGUACAAACUCUCUAAAUAGAAGCAUCAAAAAGGAUCCUAUUGUAAAUAAUACUUUCUAAAUCCCAGUUAUAAAAGCCCCAGAUUGGAAGUACUCUCCUGCUGCCCUUUGUUCCUCUAUAUAUGUGCACCUCAGUUUCUCUCACAUCAAUGUGAUAGAAUCCAAACACCACACAGAAAUAUACAGAUCUGUCCUCAUACUGACCAGUUUACACAACCAUUCACCACCAAAUCACCCCCAGUGUUGUUUAUUAAUAUGCCAGUGUUUGGAGUUGUACAUUUGAUUUACAUAGGGGAGAAAUUAAUUACAUUUACAGAAAAAGGAGUCUUUAAAUGAAUAAAGUGUUAGAGAAUUAUAUAAACAAGAACAUCAGUCUCAAAUGAUUGAUGUCUGGGAGAUAUAUUUAAUGUGCACAUCAUGUGGAUAAACCUUUUCUUAUAGCUAUAGAUGCUUAGUAUUGUACAUGUUAUAUACCAGAGGAAUUACAGAGGGGAAACAGAUUUUAUUUAAUGAGAUACAAUAUCAGUAACCAGUACAUAUGUGAUCAUAAUCAGUUUAAUUUAAAUGGCUACUAUAACCUACAUGUAUACUGGGUAUGUAAUAUGUGUGUCAUGUUCUGUAACUUGAUAUUAUGUCUGUUAGAUGUUUUCAUGUUAGUUAAAAGCCACAAUAACUGAUAAUAGCACAUACUGUAUAUAUAAAUUGAACAUUAUAUGUCUGAUAAAUCCCUUUGUAUCAAGAGCACAAGUGUUAGGUAUAUUUAUACCAUUGAGUGCAUAUAUCAUGUAAUGCUGCUUUUUACUAUAGGUAAAAUAUUAGAGAGGAAAAUGGAUAGCACAGAGCACUCAGAUUAUUCAAUUAAUGGAACUAUAUCGUGGUGAGGAUUGACAAAGGCGAGUAGGUAAUAAAACUUAGCAUUUAUUGGGUAAAAUUAAAAGUAGAAACGAACCGUGUAGUGUAUUAAAACUUAAAUUAAAACUCUUAGUAGGAAAAUAGCUGGUAUGCCUAGAAAUUAAUGUACCUAUUAUAUAGUGGUUCACAGUGUAUAGUAACACCCGAAGUAAAUGGGAUACAUAUGUCAGGCCAAGAGGAGAAAUAAUGGUUAAUAUACACCCAGUCUGCUCACAAAUUGAACUAUAGAAAAUUAUAAUGAGAAGGGGGAGAAAAACCCUUGUACAAUUAUAUGACCGUCAGUGAAAUACUGGAGCAAUGAAGGUAAUCGGUAUCCCUCAAUAAAUAUGUUCCCAAAUAAAAAGCUAGACCAGAGUGUAAGAGACCCUAAUUAGAGGUAGUAUAAAAGGUUAAACACAAAAAAAACGGUUAGUAAAGCUCACAUGCAUGUUGCUUGUAUCCCUGGAUGUUGAGUCUUUGUACUCAUCCAUUCCGCAUUCAGUUGGAAUUGAAGCCUGUAAGUCAUAUUUGACAACCAGAGGGCCUGGAUAUCUGAAACAUACCCAAUUUGUUUUUGAGCUUCUAGAGUUUGUUUUAACCAACAAUAUUUUUCUCUUUAAUGGAAGAUAUUACAAACAGAAACGCGGUACGGCCAUGGGGGCAACAUGUGCACCAACCUACUCCUGCCUUCAUCUUGGAUGGUGGGAAGACAACAUUGUGUUUGGUGAACACUCUGGGUGGGUUGAUGCACAUGUGGCCCUCUGGAUCCGCUAUGUGGACGAUAUUUUCAUUUUAUGGGAUGGUACUGAACAGGAGGUUUUGGACUUUGUUUCUAUCCUUAAUCAGAAUGACCUAAAUAUCUUUCUAACUUGCAGUUAUGAUACUAAUGAAAUAAGCUUUCUGGAUCUACUUGUUGGCAGAAAGGUGAAUCUGAUUGUGACCCAAGUUUACAGGAAACCCACUGCAUCCAACAGCCUGCUGCUGGGAUCCAGUCAUCACCCUAAAAAUCUAAAAAAGAGCAUCCCUUAUGGGCAGUUUUUAAGAUUACGUCGAAUUUGUACUGAUGAAGGGAUCUUCAGCAAGCAGGCUGGUGAGAUGGCUGAGAGAUUCUAUGCUAGAGGGUACUCUAGAAGAUGUGUUAAAAGAGCUCUAUUCAGAGCUAGGAAUACCAAUAGAAGAGAUCUCCUAUUUCAAAAUAAAGAGAUUAAAAAUGAUACAACAGACAAUAAAAUAAGAUACAUCAUGAGAUACAACUCUCAUUGGGGGAAAAACAUUUUACAGAAAAAUUGGCACUUACGUUCUUUAGACCCUGCUCUAAAAGAACAUGUUGGAGAAUAUCCCCUUGACAGCGCGAAGGGCUAGAAAUUUGAAAGAUUUUCUGGUUAGGGGUGAAUUUAAUCAUUUUAGAAACACUAAUUGGCUAGAGGCGCAUUUUUAGAAAAUUGUGGGAUGCUCCCCGUGUAAUCAUUGUGUUUGUUGCCAAUAUGUAAAAAGAACAAAAACCUUUGCAAGCAAUACCAACAAAACUUACCAAAUUAAAUCUUUUGUAAACUGUUCAACAACAGGUGCUAUAUAUCUGUUGUCAUGCUCCUGUCCUUUGUUUUAUGUAGGAAAGACUUAUAGAGAGUUCCGCUCUCGAAUAACUGAACAUCGUGAUGAUGUAAAAGAUUUCAAUAUUGACAGUCCUAUAGCUAGGCAUUUUGCACAGCAUCACCAGUCUAGGACAGAUUGCUUAAAAUUUAUUGGGAUUGAGACGGUAAAAGCCAGCAAGAGGGGUGGUGACAUUGACACAAUUUUAUUACAGAAACUCGCUGGAUAUAUUAUCUUAAUACCCUAUCCCCAAAUGGGUUAAAUGAAAAAAUAGUUUGCUUCCUUUUUGAGCUAACACUCUCCUUCCAUUUCAUUAAUUUUUUAAUUUUUUUAUUAUUUUUCAUCAUUUUUAUUUUAUGUUUCCUAUUUUCUUUUUUGUAAAUUUAAAAGAAUGUAUGCUCACAGCCGUGACAUUUUGGGAUAUUGGCCACCUGAGAUCUAAGUACAAUAAUCAAUUAUUAAAUAACUUAGGUUACAUUUAGCAUUUAACUAAUUGUCUUAUGUAACUAAUUAGUUCCUGUGAAUAUAUGUGAUAAUAUCCUGCAGUUGGUUAGCAGGGUAAAUGAAUGCAUGUUGUUUUGAACGAAUGGUGUAGUAAUAGUAUGUCCUGCAGCUUUAUAAUCAUUUAUUUCAGAGGCUGUAUUUGUUUACAUGAAUCUACCAAAUAACAGAAUAUAAGCUGAAUUUGCCUAAUAUCUUAUCAGCUGUACUUUGCUGUUUGUUGCAACCAAUAGAAUACGUCUACGUAACGCUAAUGAAACAAGCCUCUAGAUCAUGUGGUUUGAACAACCAAUAAAUGGAUUCGUUUGCCGCAGUGACGUCAGACCCGGAAGAAGCUCCGAGCGACCACGAGAGCCGAACGAAACGCGCACAGGGACGCGUUGGUAGGUCGCUACCUUACACCACUGCUCUCCGCUGGGAAGACCCCCUGUUGUAUGCAGAGUCCCAUGGAAAUGAAACAACACUUGCCAUUAUGCUAAUCGGUAACACAGACGGAUGAGGAUUUCCCUGCUUUGGGAACAAAGUAUGCCGCUCGUUGCGGCUGGUAUGUGAUUACCUGUCUGUGUUUUUCUACCGAUUACCUGUCUGUGUUUUUCUACCCUGCUUGAUUCACCAUCUUGUUGGGACUUGCAAGUGACUUUGUGUUUGCCUUGGUGUACUCUCAUUUUGGAAAAGUGUAUAUUGGUGAUAGAAUGCACCACUUUGAGAAAAUCCUUUGACAGAGCAAGUAUAUCUGGUUGGAACUGUAGCUCACGAUUUCACUGCAUUGCCAAAUCUUGCUUGCAACUUUUUGAAUAAUCCGCUAAAGCUUUGCUUAUCUGCAUUUUGCUUACGCAAUUCAUUGCGCUAACUUACUAUCUGACAUUUGCUUUUUGUGUCUUCUGUGAUCUACAGCCUCUGGACUUAUUUUGUGGUGCACCACACCUACACUUCAGUCUCUGCUACAUAUUGGGGGAACCCCAUUAGGAUGAAUGAAUGUGUGUGUACGGAUGUUUUUAUUUAUUGUGUGCACAUGUAAUGUAUAUGAAUUUGUGAUAUAAUAUAAAAUACUUUUUGCAUUUAAA